AUAGCACCGUCCACGUUUGUAGUGUGGGGUGCCAGCUCGACACGUGGCGCGUCCUUCGCGCUACCCACAAAAAAUCGUACAUUCCACAUGGCAUUCUCCUUUUCGUAUUCCUCCAACGAUACAGCGAACAACGAAAUUGCGUUCGAAGCGAAGCUUCAAUUGGCGUGUAAGUUUUAAACCCCAUUUUUCGUGUGGGGUUUCACUGUUCUCAAGUUUCCCUGCUGUGGAGUCGCAUUCGUGGCUUAACAGCUUGGUAAUUUUCACAGGCUCUGAACCUGCAUCAAUUAAAGCCAGCGUAUCCCUGCAGCUUCUUUCAUACAUUCAGCAAAUAAAAGUGAUCAUAAUGUGUUUCUGCUCCAGUAUUCUUCAUUAACAAAAUUGAUAAAUGUUGAAGAUAAAGUGGAGUUAGAUGGACAUUUCCGCUCUCUUGACUUCUGCUGGAAUCAAUAUAGCUGUAUGUGUGGUGCUUUUAUCAUUCUAUUCGAUAUUGAGGAAACAACCAAGCAAUGUUAGUGUUUAUUUUGGACGGAGACUCGUUUCUGGACGAGCAAAACGUAAUGAUCCUUACUGGUUGGAAAGAUUUGUGCCCUCUCCCAGGUGGAUACUGAAGGCCUGGGGAACAACUGAAGAAGAAUUAUUGGCUAUUACUGGAUUAGAUGCUGUGGUUUUCCUCAGAAUGGUCGUUUUCAGCAUCAGAGUAUUUUCGAUUGCUGCAAUCAUUUGCAUUUUUCUUGUGCUGCCAGUUAACUAUUAUGGGCAAGAGAGAGCACACAAGGAAAUCCAUUUAGAGUCAUUGGAGGCCUUUACAAUUGGAAACGUCAAAGAAUGUUCAAGAUGGCUUUGGGCCCAUUGUCUUGCCUUGUAUGUGAUAUCCUGCUCAGCUUGUAUCCUGCUAUACUUUGAAUAUAAAAGUAUUGUUCAAUUGAGGCUAGCACGUUUAACUGGAUGCCCUCCAAAUCUAAGUCAUUUUGCAGUUCUUGUCCGUUCUAUUCCAUGGUCUCCAGAACAAUCUUAUAGUGAAUCAGUGAGAAGUUUCUUCACAAAGUAUUAUGCAUCAAGCUACUUAUCGCACCAAAUGGUGUAUCGUUCUGGUACCAUUCAGAAACUGCUGGUAUGCAUCUAUCUACCUAUGCAAGUGAGGAGUUUUAUCACUUUAAUUUCCUGUCUUUAACUGAUAAUUUAUUAAGGCUUUUUCUCCUCUCUAAGUUGAGGCUCAUAUGUAGCCUUAUUGUUUUAAUUUGUUUACUCCUCCCUGGAUAU